AUGGGUUCAUCCCCGAGCUGUUGCGAGCGGAGCGGCCCCUUGGAGGCCCCCGCAGAGAUUGUGGCGCCGACAGCUGCCGAAAAGGAGCCUGGCCCGGACGCGCAAGAGACGCUAGACGGAGAGUCUGCAUGGAGCUCGGACUUGGAGCUGCAGUGCGAUCACCUCAAGGUGGAUUCCGAGCUGCUGCGGGGCAUCUCGUUGGCGAAGACCCUCGGGGCUUUGGGCCGGCUUUGGCACAAAUCGCCUGUGGAGCUGCUGCCAGGGGAGCGGGAGGGCCUGUGGCUCCACUCGGCCAAGGUAGAGUCAUUCGACCUGUUUUUGUCGCACACUUGGAGAACCUGGGGCGGGUGGAAAGUCCUGGCGCUAUCCUUUCACUUCGGCUGGAAAUGGAUGCUGCUCCUGUGGCUGCUGGCGAUGGUAACAUCUGGACUACUUUCCGCAGCGGGUCUUUUGCCAGCGGUAUUCUCUUAUGGGUCUGCCGCGAUACUUUCCUAUGAGGCAGAUAGCCAUUUCUUCCCGUGGGUUUCCUUGUCGAUUGCUUGCGCCAUGCUAGCGAGCUUUGUUGCGUUGCCAUACCUGCUCGCCCUCAGCCCGGCGACGAUGUGCUUCUUCGACGUGGUGAGCAUUCAUCAGACGGAUGACAACAUGAUGAAGAGAGGCAUCUAUGGAUUGGGAGGUUUUUUGAGUGUUGCGCAAGAGCUGCAUGUUCUUUGGAGCCCGCCCUACUUGUCACGAAUGUGGUGUAUCUUUGAGUUGGCAGCAUAUCGAAAAGCAAACCCUUCCGGCCAAAUAGUCAUGCACCCCCUCUUCACAGCCAUCGUGACUGCCAGCUGGAUGAUGGGCGCUGCUGUGGCAGCUGGGAUCUACUCUUGUCUUCUUCCCUUCAGCGAGGGUGCACUAACUUUUGUUGUAGGCCUUGCAGCGCUCGGUGUAUUCCCGUCGGUUCAUGCCACCCGGAAACACAUGCGGGAGAAGCACGCCUUGAUCUCACAGUUGAAGAACUUCGAUGUGCAUUCAACUGACUGCCGAUUGGAGAAAGACCGGGAGUUCAUUUUUUCCGCCAUCCAAAGCUGGUAUGGCAGCCUUGACGCUUUCAAUGAACACGUCAGGGGCCCUUUGCGUGAGGAGUUGUUGAAGGACUCCAAGACUGAACUGCCACUCAGCUAUGCCUUCCUGAUUUGUUCCGUACCCUCGGGCAUCUCCUUGGAUCUUGCCUUGUCGCUACUGAGCGCAGGAGCUCCGGCACAGGUGAUUUUGUGCCAGCUUUGUGUUAGCAUCACCAUGCACGUGUUCGGGACUGCGUUUGCCUUGAACAUUAUUUGGCGUUUGUGUGCACGUUUUGCAGCUGCUCGAUCCUCGAAGGGCUUGGACUACGCGGUGACCGUGCUGAUCUUCGGAGUGUUCAUCCUCAGUUCUGUUCUUGGGCUGAUGAUCACGCGGUUCGCGCGUGAGAGAAGUCUGAUUGCCGCGAUUGCUUGUUGUCUCAAUUCUUUGCUGUGUAUGCUGGUGGCGUACGGCAAAUGCCGUUGCCGCAGACCUGCGUCAAUGUGA